AUGAUGGCAAUGUCUCAAGAAAUUGGUGGAAAGGCGUAUCAACAGUUGUGCGAAACGGAUCGGUAUAUUGUUGGAAGAAAACGUCAUGAUGCUCAACUUCUGAUUCAAAAGUUCAUCACCGAACCGAUAGUGAACACGAAUCCUCUUGCUCUCGUGCCAGUAUCGUCUUCAACAAGACAGAAGAAGAAUAAGAAGACGUCGGCAGAAACUUCAUUUCCAUUUCCAAGUGUUCAUCUCAACUGGGAUGUCAAUUGGCCAUCAACGGACGAUUUCUUUCAGAAAAUGUCGAUUGUAAUGGAUCCAAUGAUUGUUUCUAAAGAGUUGGCACAAACUAAGAGCUCUAAACGGAUCAAGAAUCAGAAAUUAGCCAUCUGUCAGAACUCUUCCAAUCAAGAGAAUCGUCCAUUCGACAUCAAAUCUCUUCGCGAUGUCAUGGAGCGUGAACUUCAAGAUCUCGGAAUUGCCCAUCUCCAAAAUCUGACUUGUGACGUUUGUGGAUGCUACUAUCCAGCUGAUUGUCUCUAUAUGAUCACACUUCCAUGCAAGAAACAGAAAUCCAAGAACACGACUGUCAAUCGAUGUGGUGGAUGCUGGAAAGGACCACUUCCAUCCAGAUCUCUCUCUGAUCUUCUCGUCAAAGGGAUCGCUGAGAAAUGGGCCAAAAAAGUGGAGCAAAGAGUCGAAUGUUUGUAUGGAGAUUGGGAUGAAAAGUUGACUCCAAUGGUCAAAAUGCUCAAAGAGAAUGUUCUGUUGGCUGAGGAUAUUGCUGCAUUGCUAAAAGGAUGCAACGAUUCAGAAGAUUUCAAGAAUGCGUGUGAAGUGAUCAUUCUCACAACAAUUGUCUUUUAUCUGGACUACGUGGAUUUCCGUCGUAGCUGUGAAGCCCUCUUGGCUAUAAAACCAACCAUAACUUACUCUCAACUCUUCGAAAUCUUUGCAAUCUACUUUCCAAAUCGAGCCAAAGGAAUCAAAACGGGCGAUUUCUUGUGA